AUGUUCUUCGGCUCACUACCAGAACAAGCUGAUGUGCCGAUUGUCGACGCGCCUGUUGCAGCGUUCAAGGAAUUUUUGCAAUUUUUUUACUUGAAUGAGGUACGUUUAUCGUCUUCAAAUAUUGUUCACGUGACAAAUCUUUGCAAGAAAUACGAAAUGAACGAGUUUUUAAAACCAUGCGAAACUGCAUUUCAAAAAUCAUUAACUAUGGACGAUAUGUGCUGGGGCUAUGGCAUCGCUGAAUUGUUGGAACAAGACAAUUUACGCAAAUUUUGUGCGGAAAAAAUAAAGAGAAAUGCAGCGAUAGUAGUAAAAUCGGAAAGUUUUCUAGAAUGUGACAGCAAACUCUUAAGCAAGAUGUUGGCUCUCGUAUCGUCACAUUGGAGCACCUUGGAGAUAGUGAUCGCUUGCAUGGAAUGGAGUAAAGCCAAAUGCAAUCACAUUAGUUUGGAUCUGAGUCCGAAAAAUUUAAGAGACCAACUGAAGGAUGUAUUUUGUCGAAUUCCCUUUGACAAACUAACCACGCAACAGAUUUCACAACAUGUUGCCAAAUACAAAGGAUUUUUCACAGGAGAAGAACUUGAAACGCUGUUCAUUCAAACAUCGUUGCCCGAACAAUCAAACCCAUUUGAUUCACAACUGCUUCAAGAUAAUCUUACAAAUCAACAGGCAGGCCAAGUUUUAGUGUGUGACCGACGAAAG